AUGGCGGCUCAGCAAGCCGCGGACCCGCGCGCCCAUCACGGCGGCAAUUCUCAAGGCGGGUCGGCAACGGGUCAGGCGACGUCGAAUCGGUACCGGCAGCACCCGCAGUACAUGCUGUCGGAGAUCCCGAGCAUCGAGGAGGAGGACCACGCCGCGUACGACGACGCCUCGCCAACCGGUGAGUCGGCGGUGCAGCCCGUGUCGCGGCGCUCACACUCGUACUCGCGCGCCGGGUCCAUGGGCAGGGAGACGGAGGGGCAGGGCGAGCGGGAGUGGGAGCGCGAUAGAGCGUACGAGCGAGACAGGGAGCGGCAGCGAGAUGCUCCCGUGCGGGAUUGGAGGGAGGGCGAGCGCGAGAGGGGCAGUGGGCGAGAGAGGGGCGGGGCAAUGGAGUACGGCAAGGGGCGCGAGAGAGAGGCAGAGGCGAUGCGGAGCAGGGAGUCGGAGAGGAGUGGCAGCUGGAAGGAGAGCGACAAGCACAGAGGGGAGCGCGGCAAUUUUAGGGACAACGAACGAAGUGCUGGCGAGAGGAGUGCGGGCAGUUCUCGUGAGCGCGAUCGCCCGGACAGGGGCACGGGGAGCUCGCGGGAGCGCGGUGAACGCGUUGUGGCGAGCGGCAGUGUGCGGGAGAGGGAGCGGUUGGAGCGCGAGAGAGAAAGGGAGCGAGAGUACGAGCGGGGGAGAGAGAAUGAGUGGGGCCGUGACGACUCGACAAGAAGAGAGCUUUCGUACGAGGAGGACGAGGAGCAGCAGGGACAUUACCAGGAGCAGCAGGGGCAGUACCAGGAGCACUCGAGGUAUCAGGCGUCGCAGCACGCACAUGUGCAUCAGCACUACCAACAGCCGCCUGCAAAGGCGCGAACGGAGGGGCACAGCUCCCAGGCCUCAAUGCAGCAGCAGCAGCAGCAGCAGCCCCGUCAGUCGCAACAGAUGUCGCUUCAGCAGCAGCACCACCACUCGCAAGACGGUCUCUCCUCCUCGCCGCAACGCCACCCCAUGCCCCGCUCCUCUCGUUCCGCCUCCUCCUCCGGCUUCCCCUCUCCCCUGGCGCCUGCCGCCAAGGGUUACGCCCCCGCGCCCAGUUCCUCGGGGGCCACGCCCGCCCACGCGGGGGAGGCGCGCUACGGGUCGCCGGCGGGUCCGGUGGCAGCGCUGAAGCAGAGCGCGCGGCACCGGCGCAUCCGGUCGGAGGACGCGUCGAUGUUCCACCGCAUGCUCGCGCAGGAUCACGCGGGCCAGCCCCCCGCCAUGUCCGGAGGUGGGGGGUCGCCAGGCGGGCCACCGGGCGGCCGGAGCCCAGUGGCGCGACCCAUGACCAGCGGCGCGGCAGGCGGGGCGGGCAGCAGCCGCUUUCAAGGGGGGCCUGCGACCGGCGGAGCUGGUCCCAGCGGAAGCACUGUGCGCGGAAGCGGGUACGGCGGCAACGCGAAUGGCGGUGGCGGGUCCAUGUCGGGCGGGAUGAGCGGCGGUAGCGGUGGGUCGGGGCAGCACGUGGCGGCGCGAAGCCCGCUGGAAGGUGUAGGCGAUCGGUUUGCGGACUAUAGCGGGGGCGGAAGCGGCAAGGAACGGCGCGCGCAAGUGACCCAUCGAUUCCCGUCGUCGCGGUCCGUGUCCGCCGUGCCGUCACACGCCCUCGACCACGACCGCUCGCCGGACUCCCCCGUCCGCGCUACUGGCGGGGGCAUGCGCGCGGGGGCUGGCGUGGGGGGGAGCCAGAGCCACAAGGAACAGGUGGGGGGGAUGGGGAUGGCUCAAAGAGACGCGCAGGCACAGGGAAUGGGACGGGGCGCGGGGGAAAAGGUUCUGAUGCGACCACGGAGCAUGAAGGCUCUGUCGUCGCCGGGCGAUGCGGCGGGCGACGAGCAGUCGCAGGGCUACGGUGCGAGCGCGCAGAAACAGCAGUGGCAGCAAUACCAGCAGCCGCCACCGCAGCAGCAACCGUGGCAGCAGCAACAAUUCGCCCCGGCCCCCCAGCAGCAGCAGCAGAUGCGGCGUCGGUCGCACGAUUCGCAGUCAAGCCCGUGGCCCGACGAUGACUCCCCCAUGCGCUCCCCCCCUGACAUUGCGCGCCUCUCCUUCGACUCCGCCGAUCACCAGCCUCCUCGCGCUGCGCGGGUGGGCUCGCCCGCAGCUGGGGGAAGGCCGGCGCCGUCGGGGAGUGGAGCUCCGCGCGCGGCAAUGGGCGCGGGCUCUGGGCGGGGGUCGGGGAAAGGCGACGGGGCGUGGGGCGGCGCAGCGGAGGCAGUGGCGGGUCGCGUGCGGGAAGUCGCCGACAUUCGCCCCCAGGCGCUGCCGCGCCCCAACAGCAGCGGCGGCGUGCGCAGGGCGGCGGGGCUGGCAGGCGGCGGAGUGGACCGGUCGCGGUCGACGGACGGCAGUCCCGACCCCGGCGACAUGGGGAGUGGCGGCGCGCGGGGGGGCAAGGACGAGGGCGUGUGGGGGCGCAAGGCGAAGGGCAAGGGGGGGCAGCCCAUCACGGAGGAGGCGCUGGAGCAGCAGCUCAAGCUCUCCGCGCACCGCCUCUCCGCCGUCUCCCCCGCCUACUCCACCUCCCCGCCCCACUCCCCUCCGCGCGCCACCUCCUCGCGCCCGCAUCCCGCGUCGUCCACCUCUUCCACUGCCCACGGCGCAUCGGGGGGAGCUUCUGCUUCGCCCGCGCAGACCUCCCCCGCAGCCAACCGUCCCGCCGGGCGCAAUCCGCCGAUGCGGAUGACUGCGCGCAGCGCCAGCGGUACCUACUUCAGCUCCGCCGCCGCUGCUGUGGCGGCCGUGGGCGGAGGGCAAGGGAUGGGCGGGGAGGGAGACAUGCGCGGGGGGCGCAAGUACGGGGGGAAUGGCGAUUCCGCCGUGGGAGGAGCACAGGGGGGCGCGCCUAUGCGCGCUGGAGGGGGGAGUUACGGCGGUGGUGCAGGCAGCGGGAAUGUUGGCGGCAGUGCAGCGGCGGUGGCGGCGGCAGCAGGCAGCGGCGGCACCAACAGGCUGCGCCCGUUCGAGGAGCCCUCGCCCGCGGAAGCGCGCCCCAAGCCGCGCCACAGGCGCAGUGAGAGCGCGGGCCCGGGGUACUUUGUGGGCGGAGGGGGCAUCUGGGGCGCCGUGGCGGGCGCCAACAUGGCGCCGAAUCUGGGCGCGAACGGCCCCCAGGCGCUGGCGCUCAACUUCCUGGCGGGCGCACAGCAGAGCGACGCCGUGGUCAGCAGCGGGGGCAGCGCGCACGCCCGCGCGCAGGGCGCACAGGGCAAGGUGGGCGCAGGUGCUGGCGGGACAGCUGGCGGGACAGCUGGCGGGACAGCUGGCGGAGGCAUGGCGGGACGGGUGGGGAGCAGCGGAGGAGGAAGGGACGGGGCAAGCGAGAGUGGUGGGGCGGGGGCGACGGGAGGGGGAGUGGGGAGUGCGAUGGCGAGCAGCAUGGGCGUGGAGGCGGUGCGAGCAGGGCUGUCCGCCAUCCGCACAGGCGGGCACGGCAGCGCCAAGCACAUCAACCUCGGUGCCUUCGCCAACCAGGGACCCGCCGCUGCCGCCACCACCGCUGCAGCCGCCACCGCAGCAGCAGCGGCGGCGGCGGCAGCAGCAGCGGUGGGGCCGGACGGGUCGAUCCCGCUGAGCACGAACCUGAAGCUCAAGGUGCGUGGAGGCAUGUCCAUUAGCGUGCCGCACAGCAACACGGCCGUCAGCCCGCGCGUGUCCUCCUCCGCCACCGCUGGCGCCUCUGCCAGCACGCCCACGCACGCCAGUCCGCGCAGCGGCAUCAACUCGCCGUUCAACAUGGCGAGUCCGCGCGAGGGCGUGAGUCCGCUGGCCAGCCCCAUGCUACCGCUGGACCCCGAGAAGCUGUGGGCGCUGCAGAACUUCCAGCGCUCCACUCCCGUCUCCACUCCCACCGCCUCGCCCCGCCCCGGCUCCCUCUCACCCCCGCCCGCCGCGCCCCCGCGCACGCCGAACGUAAGCGACUACUACUACAGCGCCAAGUCGGGCGAGGGGGGCAGCCCACGCGCUGCAGAGGAGGAGCAGGUGGAGGAGACGCCGGCGACGGCGAACGUGCUGCUGAAGGACGUGGUGGAGCUGAGCGAGCUGUACCGCCUGUCCCGCAAGGAGCUGGGACGCGGCAACUUUGGGGUCAUCCGCGUGUGCGAGAAGCGCGACUCCGGGGAGCGAUUCGCAUGCAAGACCAUUGAGAAGAAGAACCUGGAGUGUUGGGAGGACGUGGAGGACGUGCGGCGGGAGGUGCAGGUGAUGGAGAUGCUGAGGGACCACGCCAACGUCAUCAAGCUCGUCGACACCGUCGAGUCCCAAAAGGAGGUGCAUCUGAUAAUGGAGCUGUGUGAGGGCGGGGAGCUGUUUGACCGCAUCCAGGACAAGGGCUACUACAGCGAGCGCCAGGCCGCCAAGGUGACGCGCACCGUGGUGGACGUGCUGCAGCACUGCCACUCGCACGGCGUGCUGCACCGUGAUCUCAAGCCCGAAAACAUCCUGCUCACCAGCAAGCGCAGUGACACGCGCGUCAAGGUCAUUGACUACGGCAUGGCCUACAUCUUCCAACCAGGCGAGAGGUGCACGUUCAGGGCGGGCACGCCGAACUACAUCGCGCCCGAGGUGAUAAACAAGAACUACGGCGUGGAGGCGGACGUGUGGAGCGCGGGCGUGAUCCUCUACAUCCUGCUGUGCGGCCUGCCGCCCUUCUGGGGGGACACAACGGAGGAGAUCUUCAAGAGCGUGCUGUGGGGCCACCUGGACUUUGACACCGACCCCUGGCCACAGGUGUCGGACGCGGCUAAGGACCUCGUGCGCCGCAUGCUCUGCAAGAACUACGCCAAGCGCAUCACCGUCGAAGCCAUCCUGCGUAUGCCCCCGUGCCCUCGCAUGCCAUUGGCUCUCAGCCUUUGCUGUCUCUUGUCCCUGUGGGGUUACACAUGUGGCCUUGUCAUCCGUGCUGUGCUCUUGCUCCUCAACCGCUUGCCCCCCCAUUUCACCUUCCUCUCCAUCUCUUCCCCUCUCUCCCCGCUCACUGCACCAGUCUACCUCCCUCGCACUCCCACUCCCUCCUCCCCCACGCAGCAGCGCGGCGCGGUGCCGUCGCUGACCAAGGUGGUGGGCACGGUGGGCGGCACGAGCCGUAGCGUGGAGGUCCUGGAGGCGCUGCUGCGCGCGGGGAUGACGGUGGCGCGCUUCGACUUCUCCCACGGCGACGCGGAAUACCACCAGCACACGCUCGAUAAUCUGCGCAUCGCCAUGCACCGCACCAAGAAACUCUGCGCCGUGAUGCUGGACACGGUGGGCGCGGAGCUCAUCAUCGCCAACCCAGGCGGGGCGCCCAUCACGCUCACAGCGGGCAGCGACAUCACCCUCUCGCCCGCCUGCUCCGCCGCCUCCGCCUCCUGCCUGCCGCUCUCCUUCCACGGCCUCGCGCAGGCAGUGCGGGCGGGCGACGAGAUAUUCGUGGGGCAGUACCUCUUCACGGGCGCCGAGACAACCUCCGUCUGGCUGCAGGUGCGGGAGACUCGAGGGGCGGACGUGGUGUGCUGCAUCCGCAACAGCACCACCCUCGCUGGCCACUUCUUCACUGCACACGCUGCUCGGGUGCGCAUGGACAUCCCCACGCUCACAGCAGCGGACCGGCAGCACAUAGCCACGUGGGGGCGGCGCAACAGCGCGGACAUCAUCUCACUCUCCUUCACACGCCACCCUGAUGAUGUCGCACAGACAAGGGAGGUACUGGAUUCGUUGGGCGACCUGAGUCAGACACAGAUCUACGCCAAGGUCGAGACCAUGCAGGGUCUGAGGAACUUUGAGGGCAUAGCGGAGGUGGCGGACGGCAUCAUCCUGUCGCGCGGCAACCUGGGCAUCGACGUGCCACCGGAGAAGGUGUUUGGCGUGCAGAAGUGGGCGGUGGCGCAGUGCAACGUGCGCGGCAAGCCCGCUGUGAUCACGCGCGUGCUGGACUCCAUGGUGCUCUCCCCCCGCCCCACGCGCGCUGAAGCCACCGACGUUGCCAACGCCGUGCUCGAUGGUGGGGUGGAAAGGGGGGGAAGAAGGGAGUGUAUUGGACGUGAGUUAGGGGUGGUAAGUGAAGAAGCGCACGUGCGUGCAUGCGAUG